AUGAUAUUCCAGGUAGUAUUGUUCGUCGCAUUGGUCGGUGUUGUAUCCGCUGAGCACGCGUUCUCCUCCCAACACAUCCACAAGUACGACGGUCACCACGAGCCCGUACAUCACGGACACCAUUAUGAUUACUAUACUCACCCUAAAUUCGACUUCGAGUACAAAGUGAGCGACUCUCACACCGGCGACUACAAGAGUCAGCACGAGUCCCGCGACGGUGACGUCGUCAAGGGAUAUUACUCGCUGCACCAGCCUGACGGCUCCAUUAGGCAUGUCGACUAUCACGGCGAUCACCAUUCUGGGUUCCAUGCUGAUGUGAUACAGCACUCAUCACAUUAUCCCGCAUCACCAUCAUUACUAGUGUUCAUUAAUGUUUUGAAAUCAACAAAAAUGGUCUUUAAGGUUAUAUUGUUCGUCGCAUUGGUGGGUGUUGUAUCCGCUGAGCACGCGUUCUCCUCCCAACACAUCCACAAGUACGACGGUCACCACGAGCCCGUACAUCACGGACACCAUUAUGAUUACUAUACUCACCCUAAAUUCGACUUCGAGUACAAAGUGAGCGACCCUCACACCGGCGACCACAAGAGUCAGCACGAGUCCCGCGACGGUGACGUCGUCAAGGGAUAUUACUCGCUGCACCAACCUGACGGCUCCGAAAGACACGUGCACUACCACGGUGAUCACCAUUCUGGAUUCCAUGCGGAUGUGAAAUACAGCACUCAUCACAUUAUCCCGCAUCACCAUCAUUACUAG